AUGAAGUUUCUGUCUACCCAUAAGCACACUAUAAAUGGGCUUGAGCAAUGGGCUGAAAGGAAGCGCUUAGUGCUUGUACGGUUCUUUUUUUGGAGGCCAGGGGUGGAAGCAGAAAAGACAAUGGAUGGCCUUUUGUAUGGUAUUGUGCACGAUACUCUGAAACAAUGCCCGGAAUUCACACCAAUUGUCUUCCCGGAACAAUGGGAAGAGUCUAUCAGAAGCGAUUGGAGAGUCCCGUUGCAGUUUCGAUUUUCUCAAAAGGAUAUCCGUGUGGCUUUAAACACUCUCUUGCACAAUAAGGAGCUCUAUGAGAAGUACCGGCUCUGUUUCUUUGUUGAUGGUCUUGAUGAAUGCUUGGAAACCUGUCAACAAGAUUACCAUGAUAUGGUGAACUUGCUCCUGGGCUGGGUCGAUGUGGCCCCGCUUGAUCUGAAGCUUUGCAUCUCGUCUAGGAACUAUGAAAUAUUCCGCACUGCUUUCGAGGACGAGAAGCGACUUAAGCUCCACGAAUUGACUCGACACGACAUUGAGAAUUUUGUCAUCCAUCGACUGAAGGGAUUCGAGAUAUGCAGCUACAUCAAGUCAGCGGCUCAGGCCAAGCAAAAGUUAGUAAACGAGAUAGUUGAUAGAGCUGAUGGAGUCCUAGUACUGAUUGAACACUUGCUUACCUGGGCCAAUCCACUUGACCGUAUUUCAGUGUAUCGAACAUUUGCGGUGGUUGGAAAGUUGGCCGAGCUGGGAAUGACACCAAUGACUCUCCUCAGAUACAGCUUCUUGUCUGACUAUGAGAUGAACACCAUGUUUGCUAUGCACGCUGAGCUGAGUGGUUGCGAGUUAAUUGAGUCUGACAUGAAAACUCGUAAAACUCAGGCCCGAGCAAGACUUAAUGAUCAAUCGAGAGGCCUUAUUGAGAUAAAACCCUUACCUUACAGAGGACAUUUGCUUACGAAACCCCUCGAUAUUGAGCAUGUCACCUUCAUCCACCGCUCAGUAUUUGAUUCUCUACAGACGUAUCACAUAUUGGAUAUCAUGGAAGCAUGCGAAGGGCUCGAUAUUGUUGACGCUAUGAGCCAGAUUGUUCUCGCCGAGAUCAAGUUCUUCGGCUUGUACUCUUUCCACUCCACCAGGCUCCGCUGGAAUCUUUUGAAGAAAUUGCCACCAUUACUGGGAUACUGCCAGAAAGAAGCUCGAGAUGCUUCAAUAUUCCGUUUCUUUGAUGAGCUUGAUCAUGCAGUCCUCUGCAUCCAAGGACUCAGUCCCCUCCAAGACCAGCAAAACCAACUCCCGGUCUAUAUCAGUGGAACGGGCCACUUCACUCCUUCUGCAUGCUACUUCUCGGUCUUUCACUGGGUCAUCUAUACGCAAUAUGUCGGAUAUUUGCGUUAUAAGAUCCUCCAAUAUUCAAGGUUGGUCCUCGACAAAUUCCAGUUCACACAUAUCCUGGCAUGCAUUAUCGAAUCGAUAUAUGAUACUGGCAAUGUCGAAUUACUGCGCGUAGUAGAGCCAUACCUGGAAGGCUUUGCCCAGGGUCAACACAUGGAGAUUACUUACAUCAAGGGAUGGUCCCAAACCAAUAUUUUGAACACUGCCCUCCUAGCAGCCCUAAAAUGGCUCGCUGAUUUGAGCCCCGCCGACAAGACACUAUACGCAACCCUGUUAGAGAGCCUCCUGGGUUCGAGUACUGGCAUUCCUUGGGCUAUCCAAGCGGUUACUUCAUAUCCACGACACAAUACUGCAACUCUACAAUGA